AUAAUGACAAAAUUCUGAAUCCAUCUUCGCUCGGAUUAGUCAAAUGAUACAUCGUCCAUUCCUUAGAAAUCUUUCCAUCGUCCGUUCCAUAAAAAAGAGACGGUAACAUCGACAAACAAGUUUACUUGUAUGACAUUAUACGAUAAAGUGACGUUUUCUCUCUGUCCUCCCGCAGAUCUGGUGUCCGGCCAGGCUCUGCAGCUGUCUCUCAGUCGCCGUGAGCACGUCAUGUUCGCCGACAAGUCUCUGUUCGUGAGCUGUAAGGGCCGUGACCCGGUGGAUAUGAAGUGGUUUGGUCCCAGUGACCGUCAGAUCGUCGAGCGCACCGGACCCUUGAUUCCUCCAGAUAGGAAUGCCAGCGUCGACAACCCGUUCCGUGUUCGUGUGGAGCCGAGCCGGGCCCGGGACGGUCUGCAGGGCGUCGACCUACUGCUGAACCCCGUGAAACGGAAGGACAGCGGCGUCUACCGGUGCCGCGCGCGCGUCAACGACAGGGUCGAGGAGGCCUCCUUCGAGCUGAUCGUGCUCCAGCCGAUCCAGUUCCGUCCGGAACAGAAGGUACAGUACGCCGCCGAGGGCUCAGACUUCAUACUGCGCUGUGACGUCACCGGCGAGCCCAAACCGGUGGUCACCUGGCGAGGGGUGGCGCCGCUAGAGAUGGGACCGGACAAGAAGUACGACAUUGACCAGGAGUCGCGCGGUCUCAUCAUUCGUGACGUCAGCCGCGAGGACUCUGGCAAGUACCGCUGCAAGGCCACCCACGUCAACAAGAAGGAGUCGGACCUGCGCGAGACAGACAUCGAGCUGGUGGUUCAGUACAAGCCGCAGUGGGUCGGCCCACAUCAGAGGGAGGUGUUCGGCUUCCUGGGCGGCAGCGCCAACCUCAGCUGUCGGGCCGAUGCCGAGCCGUCCGCCUUCUUCACCUGGCUGCGAGACGGACAGCAGCUCGAACAGCAGGACCACUACCAGAUCAUCAGCGCCGAGAAGGACAGGAGCGUGCUACAGGUUAGCGGCCUUGACGACUCAAUGUUCGGCAACUACACGUGUGAGGCCAGAAACAACUUCGGCUCGAUCACGCACUCGAUCGAGUUGAGAAAGGGCGAGAAGCCGGCCGUGCCGCAGGUGCGUGUGACCAAGACUGAGAGCACCCGGCUGACGCUGUCCAUUGGCGUGCCGCCCGAGGAGAAGGUCGCUGAUCGGUACCUAGCCGAGUACAAGACGGAGGACGCCGCCUGGACGACCGCCUCAGCCGUCGAGUUUCAGUCCACCGGAACCCACGCCAUCAACAAUCUCCGACCGAACACGGAAUAUGUGAUCCGAGUGGCGGCAGUGAACGAGGCCGGUCGGGGCGACUACAGCGCCGGUCUGCGGCAGAAGACGGCGGCGGCCGGCGCCGGCGGCGACCCCUCGGCGGCCGGCUCCCAGCCGGUGGUGCUCUCACUGCUAGUCUCCCUGCUGAUGGCCGCGCUGCUCGUCUUAUGAGCGCCGCCCUCCUGCUGGGCACUGUCCGAUGCAUUCCAGCGGCUGCGCCGGCGCGCGGCGGGCGCGGCGGCCGCGCGCACCACGGCCGCGCCCGCCGGCGACGCCACAGCCGCGCUGGUGGUCUGAGAACACGGCGGGCGGGCGGCGGAGAGAGAGAAACACCAAACGACAGAGCGAGGUGCGGCGACGGUGGCGCCGCCCGCGGGGAGAGGUGGAACUACUGAGUGAGAGGAGACCCGCGGCAGGUGCCGGGGUGGACAGCGAGCAGAACGGACUCGCGGAGCUGUGUGUGCGGAGAGAGAGUGGUGUGUCGUGCUGUUUGCGGAUACGGCCCGCGACCCUGCCAGGUCACAGGACAGCCUCUCGUCUCGAGGUCACGACCUCGCCCGGUCAGUUAUACGCUGGCCCCUGCGGGGUCAUUCUUCUGCCGUGGCGGGCUGCGUUUCGUCUCGGUUGGUCUCGUCGGAUAGCGCCGCGGUCGACAGUGAAGCGGUGCCGGCCGCGAGAAGUCACGUGAAAUCAAACUUUCGGUCGGUGCUGCCGGCGCGAUGGAAGGGAAUAGGAGUUUCCCGGUUCGUUCUGUUCUCGGAGUGAAAUGUUUCCCUGUAUGACUCGCGAAGCGGCGCACGCGACUGUGCCGGCCGCCUGGUGUGUUGGUCGGUAGAUGUGUGAGUCCUCGCCCCUCACUGUCCCGCUCGUGGUCAAACCGACGCCAGAGUCGGCUGUGUUGAAUGUGCGCUAUCGGCGAGGUCAAGUCGGGAUGUUUUAGGUUAGUAGCGGGAUCAGGGCAUUAGAGUUCAGUGAUGAGUUUACAGUCAGUGUGACUGGCGAGUGAGUGUCAGCGAGUGUGUCAGAGAAUGUCAACCUUCAGAGGAUAUACCAAGCGUCACAGAGGCUACCUAAUGUGUCGGAGGACUUCUUUUGUCACUACGGCCCAUGACAGAAAACGUGUCACCUGUCAGAAGCUUGUGUGUCUGGUGUGUCAGUACGCUCAGUGUCGGGCUGUCAGAAGCGAGCAGCAUUGACGUGCUGUGUCAGAUCUGAGCACACGGAGCUUUCCCCACUCGGGAGUGAGGAUCCUUCACGACUAGAACCGCUGUGUUCGACAACCGAUGGCCCAUUGUAAUGACGCUAGUCGUGACUGAAUACCAAAGGACAGUUCAGAGUUCAGGCCCACUGAGGGGCCGGACCAGGGCAGACUAGCCCGGCGGGCCGGGUCGGGUCAGCUCGCCCCAAAGACCUCCCCUACCGCAGUGGGUGAGACGGUACCCGUGAACAGCCCCCUGGCCGGUUAGAAUAGAGGCCAGUGCGGCCCCAGCCUCUCAAUCUACUCUAGAUGGUGUUGAACGCGCUUCACAGUUAUUGGUGUUAAUUCCGCGGGGCGGAUCGGCGCUCAGUGGUCGCUCGGGGGUCUCAGAUCCACGGAUAUCCGCGGAUAGAUCCAGCAUCUAGAUUCGAUCGCAGCGACUGAGAGGCUGAGCCGCCCCGCUAACAUGUUAUUACCUGUACAAUAAACCCGUCUCGAAG